CGCCUCGCGUGACGUCAGGGCGGCGGCCAGGCGCUGGACGUGCGGCGGUCGGAGCUUCGGAGCUACAGCUGCGUCCUUGUUCUCUCCGCCUGGUUCGCGCGCCGCUGCUCGAGCGUUCGCAGGUAAAGAGAUGGCAUUUGUGAAGAGUGGAUGGUUGCUGCGACAGAGUACUAUUUUGAAGCGCUGGAAGAAGAAUUGGUUUGACCUGUGGUUAGAUGGUCACCUGAUCUAUUAUGAUGACCAGACUCGGCAGAGUAUCGAGGAUAAGGUCCACAUGCCAGUGGACUGCAUCAACAUCCGCGUGGGGCACGAAUGUCGUGAUAUUCAGCCUCCAGAUGGGAAGUCAAAAGACUGUAUGCUGCAGAUUGUUUGCCGAGAUGGGAAAACUAUCAGUCUUUGUGCAGAAAGCACAGAUGAUUGUUUGGCCUGGAAAUUUACACUCCAGGAUUCCAGGACAAACACAGCAUAUGUGGGCUCUGCAGUCAUGACUGAUGAGACAGCUGUGGUUUCCUCCCCUCCUCCGUACACAGCGUAUGCCACACCAACCCCUGAGCAGGCAUACGGCUAUGGUCCAUACAGUGGCGCGUACCCACCAGGAACUCAAGUUGUGUAUGCCGCGAAUGGGCAGGCGUAUGCUAUGCCCUACCAGUACCCCUACGCAGGACUUUAUGGACAGCAGCCUACCAACCAAGUCAUCAUUCGUGAGCGGUACCGAGACAACGACAGUGAUUUGGCGCUGGGCAUGCUGGCCGGAGCAGCCACGGGCAUGGCCUUAGGGUCUCUCUUCUGGGUCUUCUAGAGGCCUUGAGAUCUCGGUGUGCAGAGCGAUAACCCUGUGUGCAAUAAUGUGAUUUGCAGGGCAUUUCUGUUUGUGGCAAAUGUUUCUAAUAAUAGUUUUAAUAGUUCUUUUGAAAGUAGUGACAUCAUAAUCAUAACUAGUCCAUGUAAGUAUCACAGAGAAGGACUACACUGUUUAGCUAAAACACGGACUCUUUAGGGGCGCUAGCUCAUUCUAAGACUUACCUGAUGGAACUCUUGGAAUACCUUAUUUGAACAUACCUGUUUUGAGAGGCAUUUUCUUUUUAGCUUGUAGUGCUUGAGGGAUAAUUUGUGUUUGUGUUGUGCCAGUAAUCUAGUGAUACGUGAGUAAAGGAGUGAUUGCGGCAAGGAAGACAGCUUUUCAUUUAACUUCAGACCUUCAAACCUCAGACCGGAACUGGCUGCGUGUCACCUUAGGCAUGGUGGGCUGGUCAGCUCCCGGCAGCUUCCUGAGGAGGAAGCAGUGAGGCGAGAGUGCCGGACCUGCCCUCUGGCUCUGCAGGCCCCAGCAAGGCCGACACUCAGGAUGACAGGGACAUCCCCUCUUGGGGAAAGGAUACUUCAGAAACCUGCCUAGCCCUAGCUGCUUAUUCUGGUGUUAUUUUUGUAUGUUUUUGGUAGCGAUAGUUGGGAAGCAUCCCAAAUUAGGGAUUGAUUUGUGCCUCAAAGUUUUAGGGCUUUAUCCUUCAAAACUUGAAGAAGGCAGAACAGUAACAAACAAGUGUGUGGAGGUAGAUUUGCUUUAUUCAGAGACGUGGUUUUAGGUCUGCUUUGGGUUUUUUCUCGCUGCCUAAGCCUACUCAUAACCUAUUUUUCUACUUGUGAGAGUGAUGUGAAAAGAAUGGUGAGGGAGACAGUGGGAGGGCUGUGGUGAGGAUGUUCCUGUUCCAGGCCUUCUGGGGCUGUGCUGAGUGGAGGAUGCUCUUCUGUCCCGUUGAAGGCCUGUCCUGUGCCAGAGUGUGGCCCUGUGGCUGGGACGAACCGCAGCAGGAAGACUCAGGUUGAAGGGAAAUGGGGCCCUAGGGACACGAGGGACCUGCUCAGAGCAUCCCUCAGCUUGGCCGGGAGCCCAGCUGUGUUUUGUUCCUGACCCACAUGUGAUAGAGAAGCUUAGAGCAUUCGCGUUUGAGCCCCAAGAUGUGUGACUCUCUGGAAAUCCCAUAGUCUUGCCUUUCUGUCAAAUAUUCUUAUUUCCAGUAUUAUGAAGUUCCAAAAUUAUGAAGUGUGUAUUUCAAAUAUUCACAUUUCUGUUAUUUCACAUUUCAAAGCUCCUAAAGACUCCGGUUUUCUGUCCUGCAUGCUGUGAACAGCGUGCUUUUGCAAGGGCAGUUUAGCACAGCGAAUGUCUCCCCUAUGUUCCAUGUGGUCCCGUUUUCCCCAAAAUAUGCUCCAGGUAGCACAGACUGUGCCUGGCUGGUUACGCGAUUCUCUCUUGCUGUACUGCCCAGUCGGCUCCGUCUGAGGGUGCACACAGGUCUCCAUGCGAAACCAGAGGCCGAACGAACUGGGUGGUGACCCCAGGUCUGUUUUCUCUCCAGUCGUAGGGGUCUUGUUGACUUGGGAGUGUCUGUCUUCCUGGAAGGAAUGUUUUUGCCUGUCAUCCCUGGAUAGAAGCAGUGUGUGACACUACUAGUGUCAGUGGUUUAACGUGCUGUUUUGAGGAUUUUACAUGCCGUGUGAUGAGAAUGACUUUGUUCAGAUUGUAACCAUUGUCAGAGCUGUAUGCUUUACUUUCCACUUACUAACAGUUUUUCAUGUUGCAUCAAGUGUUAAUUUUGAACUUGGAGUUACUGGGUGGGAAUUGUGGGCACCACAGAAUAUUUAUUUACGCCAUUUAGGUGCGCUUGAAGCAGAUGUCUCUUUGUGCUCUUCUGGCUGAAGAGGAGAGGUAUGGAUGGAAGCUUGGGCACCUGUGUGUCCCAGUCCCCGUCCCCUGUGGGGCCAGCCUCAUGAGGCAGUCACAGAGGGGCCUGGAAGUCCCCUGUCAGUAGAGACUGGGGCCUGGUGUGACAUGCACACUGGGGUGCAGGUGGGCUCAAAUCAUUUCCUUGCCACAGCUCCCGUAGAUGCCAACCUUUGGUUGUCUCUGUUUCUCAGAGAUGUCCUUUGUUAGGUGCGUGAGUUGGAAGAAGUUUCUUGUUCAUGUUUGAGUAAGCAUUUACUUCCAUGUGUAUUUUUAAAUAAUGAUCUGUACUUGGGGGAAGUUGGCCAUUGACAUUGUACUCAUAGCUGAUGUGAUCUUUUAAUUCCUUGAGUUGACUUCAGCGUUUUGGGGACUAAAGAGAAGAGGGAGACCUAUGGUUAAUGUCUCAGAUUGUCAUUCAGAAACAAGGCUAGACCUUGUUUUAGGCCAUCCAGGACAAGGAUCACCAUCUGAAUCAUGAGAGGAAGGUCCUGCAGUUAAGACAAAGUGGCCCAAGUGUAUUUUCCACAUCAAGUGUUAGUCUUGUGUAAUCUUUCUUUUUCCUUCCCUAGUUUGUGUAGACAUAAGGCAUGGAAUGCAAUUCCACCUGUCUUUCCAGAGUUGAUCUUGUUUGUAAUUGCCUCCCUAUUACUAGUAUCAUGUCCUGUCUACAGAACCUAUUUUCCCCUCCUGUGUAUGCAUAUUGUACAUUUAUAAGUGACAAUGUUAAUACAUUAAAUGAUCGUUAACCUUAAA